GUCUGUCUGUCUACCCAUGCAUUCCUCCACCUGCCUUUUGCCCCCUCCCCUGCCUAGCUAUUAGCUUCAGCUGCUCUUGUAACUGAACAGCUGACCUUGAUUUAAUCAUCAUCUUCUCUGGGCCUCAGUUUCCCCUUGGACCACAGGAGGGUCAAGGUGGGUCUCCAGCUUCUCUUCUCACUCUGCCUCGCACAGUGUUGAGCGCUUCUGCUGGUUAGUGUCUCCUCUCCCUCCUGCCUUCCCUCUGGCUUUUCUUGGCAACUGGGAGGUGAAGGCCCAGCAUCUGUGCUACUGGAGAGGGCUGCUGGGCAGGAGGAGGGGCCCCCAGCCACUUUAAGUAUAGUGCUGACUGAGUCCUCAGUGCUCUGUGGCCAAGGGCAGAGCCUGAAUCCCCCUCACCCCUGGACGGCACUUUUCCAUCCAGCUGUACGGAGCAGGCUCCCAUACAGCUUUGUAAGGCAGAUGUGAUCAGGCUCUAUCAAGGUGAGGAAACAGGCUCAGAGAGGGUAAGCAGCUUGCCUUAGGUCACACAGCAAGUGGAGGCAGAGUUGGGACUUGAACUAGGCCUUCUCCUUUUCAGGUGCCUCCUCCGUGCCUUCCCAGUCUCAGAGCUGGGGAGCAGGGAGCUGCAGCUGAGACCCCCUACCUGCUCCACCUCCCCUGCUGAGGCCCUACCAGGAACCCACCAAUGCCUUCUGGCAGGGAGUUGUUGGGAGGGGAGGGAAUGAGCUAGUCGUGGGGCCUUCCCAUUGGUCUACCCCCUGCCCCACCUCCUGGAGGCUGACUCCUGGAAACCCCCUCUGCCCAGGGCCUCUGCUGCCAGGGACAGGGCCUCUCCGCUGUGCUGGUGGGGGCUGACCUGAUGUGGGGUCCUGUGGCCAUUCUGGGGUGAUGGUGGGGAGAGACAGCAGAAAGGAAGAUAGCCCACAGUGCCUCAGCUUCUCUCUUUGCAAAAUGGGUUAAGAAACCCAGGCCCUGCACUCAUCUCACAGGCUUGGUGGCCCUGUGGGAUGAAAGGCCUGGGCACAUGUUCUGGGUGACCUGCGGGUAUCCUGAUGACUGGGUUUGGCAAGCGGAGAAUACACUCCACCCCUCACGCCACCCCCACUGCUCUUCUCCCUUCCCAAAUAUUCUGAGGGCUGAAGGAGGAUCCGCUGCCCCCACGGCUCCUUCAAGGUGGGCUUCCAGCCUGGGUGAAGGGGGCAGCAAAGGGAGCAAUGAUGCUCAGAGUGGGCAGCAGGAACACCGCCUCCCUGGGCACGCACAGCCCUGCCUCUCUCGCUCCGCACUGGGAAGCUGAGGCAUCAUGGCCCUGGUGACCAGUUGUUAGCCUUCAGGACACUAUUUUUCCUCCUCUGGAGACUCUACUCUUUGGAAGAUUUUCUUCUGUAAGCAGAGACCCUUAUGAAUGAAAAGUUCCUCCCCCUACUUUGAUUGAUCCUGGAUGAGAAUCCGUCUGCCCACUGCGGCUCGUCAGGAGGGAAGGAACCAGGCUCCCAGAGCAGAGGCCCUCGAUGCUUCUGUUGUGCAGUAACCCUGGCCCGGGGACCCAUUUGUUUCUUAACAUGCUGAGGCCACCAGAUGGGCCCUCUUGACUGCCUUGUCACCCCCCUCCACUUUGAUCCUGGAUUUUAGGCCUGGCUGUCCACCCGACAGCCAUGAGCCCUGGGGCAGGGGCCCACCUUGGCUGGGUCUCCACUUGCUCAUCUUCAAAUUGGGAUAGCAAAGCCUCCUUUGCAGGCUUCUGUGAGGGUGAGAUGGUGGAUGUAAGUUAGCAAGUGCGUGCUCAGCCCAGUACAAGCGCUUUAGUAAACACUUGGUUUUAACACCAAGCUAGAUAGAUAACAUAGUUCUUUUUGUUUUUCCCAGUCAGGAAAGGGACCUAGGGGAUUCCAUUCUUCUUAGGAGCUCAAAAUAUCCUUAGAAAUCAUUUAGGCCAGUCCUCUCAUUUUUCAGAUGGGGAAACUGAGGCCCAGAGAGGGGUGGUCCUUACAAGAAUAUAACUGCCAACCCCAUGCCCUAUGGUGCCCACUUCAUGCCUCGCACAGCGCCACAGUCUGGGUGUGAGGCAAGUACAGUUGCUAACCAUCCCCACCUCACUUGGGGGAAACAGAAGUUCAUGCUGGAGAGAAGCAGGGGAGCCAGCUCUGUCUUCCCCGCCUCAGGGGGCCUUGCUUGGAGAAAAAGCUGAGAAGGAGGGUGGCGAGGUGGGGAGUUAGGCAGGCUGUGUCCUCCAGGCCUGGGAGCCUUGGCUGGGCAGUGCCAGCCUGGGUGGGGGGAGUCAUUCUCCUGCUCAGCAGCUGCCCUCUGGGUGGGGAGACUUACGUUCCUCUCAGUAACAGUAACAGGAACCGUGAUUUCAGUGGACACUCUGGGCCAGGCGCGGCGGCUCGUGCCUGUAACCCCAGCACUUUGGGAGGCUGAAGUGGGUGGAUCACUUGAGGUCAGGAAUUCAAGACCAGCCUGGCCAACAUGGCAAAAACCCCAUCUCUACCAAAAGUAUAAAAAAUUAGCCAGGCAUGGUAGCACGUGCCAGUAAUCGCAGCUACUCUGGAGGCUGAGGCAGGAGUCACUUGAACCUGGGAAGCGGAGGUUGCGGUGGGCCGAGAUCGCGCCACUGCACACCAGCCUGGAGGACACAGCAAGACUCCAUACCCCUCAAGCCCCCCAAAAAUUGGACGCUCUGUGCAAGGCCCAGGCUAAGCCACUACAUGCCUUGCCUGUUUUGUCCCCCCAGUGUGGCAGAGGGGCUCUCUUGCUUCUGGAAAGCACAACAAAUGGCACAGGGAGGGGCUGGGGCAGGGGGCAGGGCAUGUUACAUGGUCAGUUACAGGUGCUGGCUGUGCCUGAGGCCUCCAGAUGAUCAUUUUAGCCUGUCUAGGGUCCUGCUGUUCCUCCUUCCAGAAUGCCUUCCUCUCUGCCCUACUUGUGAAUGGUUCUCCAUCUUUUUGGAAGAACUGGCUCUGUGGAGUUUUAGGAAUGAUAUCAGUGGUCACAGCCAUGGCCAGGCUGUCAGAGAAUAAACCCCUAUUGUAAAUCAGGCAUUGGCUCAUUCAGCCACUCAUAGCAACCCAUUUUACAGAUGGAGAGACAGAGCCUACAACAGAGAAGAGGCCUUGCCCAGGGUCUUGGAGCUGCCAUGAUGUGAACUAAGGGCUGCCUGGCCCAGGGCUUGGGGGCCUACCUCUCUGAUGCCACAGCCAGCUCCACUAGAGGUGACCAGACUCGUCUGUGGGAAGUGCUGAGGCUUUCCACCUCUGAACUCUAGUUGUAAUUUACAGCUGAGUGACCCAGGGCAAAGCCUUCAGCCUCUCUGUGCCUCAGUUUCCCCACCUAUAAAAGAGGCCCUAACCUCAUGGCGCCCUGCUGAAGACUGCCUGACACAAGAUAAGAUUUAUUAAUACCCUGCUGGGGCAGAAUGGGAGCUAGGGCUGUCUCCACCGAGGCUGGGGAGCCUCAAGUUAGGAGCCGCAGAUUUUUCCGCUGCCUGGGCUUUUCAUUGAUUUCAUUCAGGCUUAUUUGCCUUCACUGUGUACCACACUGAUGGAAAUGUUUUUUGUUUUUUGUUUUGAGGCAGAGUUUUGCUCUUGUUACCCAGGCUGGAGUGCAAUGGCGCGAUCUCGGCUCACCGCAACCUCUGCCUCCUGGGUUCAGGCAAUUAUCCUGCCUCAGCCUCCUGAGUAGUUGGGAUUACAGGCACGCGCCACCAUGCCCAACUAAUUUUUUGUAUUUUUAGUAGAGACGGGGUUUCACCAUGUUGACCGGGAUGGUCUCGAUGUCUUGACCUCGUGAUUCACCCGCCUCGGCCUCCCAAAGUUCUGGGAUUACUGGGGUGAGCCACCGCGCCCGGCCUGUUGGAAACGUUUUACGUGGCUUAACACAUCUAAUCUUCACCACCUCCCUAAACGGCUGUGACUACUGGUGGGCCCACUUCAGAAUGAGGCCCCAGAGCAGUGGAGUCACUUGAACGACGCCGCACCCCGCAGUCUGGAUCGGAGCCCAUGGUGUUUCUCAUAAGGGGCAGCUUUCAGUUGGAGUGGGGACUGGAACUUGGGGGUUGGCCUGGCUCUGUAGGGUUUUGGGGUGCUUCCCCCUGCCCCCAAGGCCGCCUGCGUCACAGCUCAGCAGCGCCCCCUAAGCCCCGCUCCCCCCCCCGCCCCCAGGAAAGGCCGGCUGGGGGCGGGGGUCCUGCACCUGCCGCGCCCCUUCCCACUCCAUGCCCUCACCCUAGCGUGUCAAGCCCUGCGCGGCCGGGCUCGGGCGAGACCGCCAGGGCUUGUUUACCGGGUGUGGGGCGGGGUGGGGCGGUCACGUGGCCGUGUUUAUCUCGGAGCUGGCGCGCGCCGUCCCUGUCCCGUCCCCGCCCCCGCCUCCUUGGUUUGCCGGUAAUCCUGGUGCGCGCGCCACUCCGUGCGUGCGCGCGGCCGCCGACUGCGGGGGCGGGGCCUGGGCGCUACGCCCCCUCCCACAGGGCGCUCGGUUCCCGCCCCGCCGGCACCGCUAGCCCAAUGCAGUCCCCGCGGUCCCCCAGUAUCCACGCCGCGGGCUGCUCAUCCCAGGCAACGUACAGCACGUGGGAGCCAGAAGAGCACAUCUUGGACCCCCGCCUUGUCAUGGCCUACGAGGAGAAGUACGGUGUCCUCGGCGCUGCCGGAGAGCAGAGGACGGGCGAAGCGGAUGCCUUCCCUUCCCUUAGAUGUCACCAGUGUUUCCUUUUCUUCUGCCACCUGCUUCACACCCCAGGGAGGAGAGAGACCGAGCGUCGGGGUAUAGGAAGAGAGGUCCGAAACCCAAGCGGCUUCUGCUGCAGCGGCUGUACAGCAUGGACCUGCGGAGCUCCCACAAGGCCAAGGGCAAGGAGAAGCUCUGCUUCUCCCUGACCUGCCCGCUCGGCAGCGGGAGCCCUGAGGGGGUGGUCAAGGCGGGGACACCUGAGCUGGUGGACAAGGGCCCCUUGGUGCCCACCCUGCCCUUCCCACUCCGCAAGCCCCGAAAGGCCCACAAGUACCUGCGGCUCUCA